AUGCAGGCAGCACUGGACACAAGCAUCCGAUUUGCAGAAAGCACCGAACUCUCCUCUGACUCUUCUGCGAUAACUGAGGAUUACCCAAAUUCCGAUGCCUCUACAGCACCUGGACCCAUCCCCCGUCGAAACAGGCCAAGAGCAACCUCCCACCCUACCACAACCCCUCGUCAAGCAGACGCUCCUGACGUACUUCCCGGUCCCUAUCCCGACUCCAGCCCUUCGAUUCCUACCGUACUUCCCUCCUCCACCCCACUACAGCCGCGGAUAAGGGUCGCACCUACUGAGCUUAACAGUGCCCCAGCCCAAAACGUCUCUCCCGUAACCUUUCGUUGCGAUCAAUGCCCGCGCACUUUCCGGCUCCGGUCCGGUUUACUGAGACACAAAGCAGCCCAUGCCCGAAACCCGGUUAUACGGUUAUUGCCACCCAUAACCCCAACCUGCUCCAUCUGUCAACAACAUUUCCAGAAAAUUGUAGGCCUUUCGCAGCACAUGCGGCACGUACACCCUUUGGAGUACAACGCCAAGUGCAUGCAACAGCUACUGCACCACACAAUGUGCUGGAGCACAUUGGAGGAUGCCACCUUGCUCCGGCUUGCACAACAACUCAGUAGCUCUCACUCACUGCUCCAGGAGCUUCUUCCGGCGAUACAUUCCUAUAUGCCAAGAAGGUCAGUGGACAGCAUAAAGAAGCGGCUACAGAUGCUCAAAUGGCAACGUCCAUCACCUAACGGUGCUUCAUCCUCAACGCGCUUGCCUACCAUUCACACCAACCGCCCCACGGAGGUAUCCUCCCCAUCGUCUCCAAGCCUAGACACCUCCGGUUCGUCCGGGGAGUCGCUUCACGCAGAUAUUAGGACCUCAACCGUGUUGAUUACACCAUAUGCGUUUCAAAACCCACGCGACGAUGCCGAGCAUAACGUCCUUCAGAUUCCCCUCCAGGGUUACAACAGCCUUCCAACAUCGCCCACGUCAGUUGCGGCCGAAAAACAUCAAAGUCCAAUUGCAGUCGAUCUAGACAUCACAACCUACAAUGAAUCAGUCAUCCAAGAGCACGGAGUAUUUGUGCCCCAAUGCACACAUCAACCUCCAUCGGUGGACCUAGACGAGUCAGGUGUUGUUGACCUAGCACUUCCGGCAACCGAAGCGUCCUCCACGCUAUCCGACACUAACCUCGACCAGGAUCCCUCGACAGAGGAUGAUGCACCUACCUCCUUCAUCCGACUAAUAGACGCGGCAAGCACCGCCUUACAAGCCGCGAACGUAAAGACUCAGCAAGUCCCCCCAAGCCUGGAUAUACCACCAUGCUCAGGUACCUCGGUACCUGGACACGGCCGUAUACCACAGGCCCGGUGUCCGAUGUAUAGCGUGCAUGAUAUGCACACUCACGCCAAGAUUGGCGGGAGUUUUUUACCUAUACAUAAGAUAUAG